UAAUAAAAGAUUUCAUAUCCUCCUCCUCUUUGUCAUCAUCAGCCAUGGAUCUUGAGUCAAAGCAGCAACAAGCUCUUGAUCCACUUAUAUUUUGCCCAGAUGCAAUAUUUGAAAAUGAUGAAGAAGAGUUUCGCUGGAUAAACUUUGGAGAGCCACCAAUUCGGAAACCCAAGUUUUCAUCAUUAUCUCGAAUCUAUACCUAUAACCACAACUGUCCAUUGUGCAAGGAGUCGUUAGUGGGUGCUACUUUUCAUUCAUGCAAAGAAUGUCGUGCGCCAUAUCUAAUUGGCACUUUUGGCUACCACCACAAGUGUCUAGAGCCCAUAUCAAAGCAUCCAUAUCAUCCUAAACAUUCUCUCCGACCUCGAACUAAUUAUUACGUAAGAAAUAGAUGCUCAUGUUGUUCAUAUAUAAGAAAUUGGGGUUACAGUUGCUCUAUAUGCGAUUUUACAAUGUGUCAAGAUUGUGCGAGAAAGCCACCACUUCUUGAAAUAUUCCACCCAAAAAGGCAUGAGCAUACCCUCUCAUUUUUUCCUAGAAAAGGCUCAUUAAUCUGUGACGUUUGUGCAUUGAAUGAUCAUAGUUUGUUGAUGUAUUCUUGUACUCAAUGUGAUUUUUUAGCGCACCAAUAUUGUCUCAACUUUCCAUGGAUCAUAAGAAUCUCACGUCAUAAACACCGCCUCUCUUUCUGUUCAUUACUUACUCCUGAAAAAUGGUUGUGUGGAAUGUGUCGUGAAAAGAUAGACACUAAUUAUGGAAGAUAUAUUUGCGUCAAAGGUUGCAGUUAUGGUGUUCAUUCUAAAUGUGCAACACGAUAUGAUGUGUGGGAUGGAAAAGAACUCGAGGGAAUACCAGAAGAGGUAUACGAAGAAGAUCUUAAAUCGUUCAAUGAGAUAAGUGAUGGAGUUAUACAACAUUUCAGUCACCAAAGUCAUCAUAUGAGACUAGACGAGGAGACCAAUAGAGAAUUUGACGAGAACAAACGUUGUCAAGCAUGCACACUUGUUAUAUGUGACGAAAUCAUCUAUAGUUGCAUGCAAUGUGAUGAUUUUAUUCUCCAUCAAACAUGUGCUCAUCUUCCUAGAAAGAAACAACAUGCCACACAUUCUCAUCUCUUUACUCUGCAAGUACUGGAUCCUCUUGUAGAUGGUUGUUUCGAGUGUACAAUUUGUGGCCGUAGAAGCAAUGGUUUUAUGUACGAGUGUUGUGAAAAAGAUUGUGAUUUCAGAUUAGACGUACGUUGUGCUUCCAUAGCAGAGCCGUUGGAUCAUUGCUGUCAUCCACAUCCCAUGUUUCUUACAUCUGACCCUAAUACUUAUGAUAAAUGUUCGGUUUGUGGAAUGUCUCAAGAUCGUCGUCUAAACUGUGGAGAAGGUGAUUUUGUUUUAUGUUUUAAAUGUGCCACUUUACCCGAUAAAGUGAGGUACAAGCAUGAUGAACAUUAUCUUAUCUUUUCGUAUGAUGGAGAUGCAUAUUGUCGAUAUUUGUGUGAUGUCUGUGAAGAACAUGCAGAUCCAAGAAUGGGAAUUUAUAGGUGCAGUGUUUGCAGCACCACACUGCAUAUUACAUGUUUACUUGGAGAUUAUGAAGAGAUGUACAUGCUGCCCGGUGGAAUAACCAAAUAUGAUUUUGGAAAGAUAACAACAAAUGUCAAUAUUCUUUCCAAUAAUCAUCUUACUCGUAACAUAUGUAGCCGUUGCAAAUACCGUUGUACAAAACUUUUAGUAUACAAAAUAUCUGAUAGAGAAGUAUUGUGCUCUUUUGGGUGCCUAGCUGAACUUAUGUACAAUUGGUUUUAAUAUCAUAUAUUAAAUUUGUAUUUAAUAAAACUAUAGU